AUGGCCUGCUCUGCGACCUCAAUGACUGUCGAAUCGUAUCCCGACACCGCCGUGUCCUCGUCUGCUGCCACUCCUGGCGAGGAUACCGGUCUUCUGCGAGACCGGCGACGGAGACACUCCUAUCAUGCCCCACGAAGACUCUCCUGUGACUCUCAGGAUGCCGAGUCUGUCUUCAUCAGGGUGGAACUAUUCCUCGCCGAACUUGAGCGCCGAAUGCACUGGAUCGAACAGUACCGCAAAUCUCACAUGGAUCAAAUUGACGCUAGUAUGAAGCGAGGAUAUGCCACCCUGGAAGCAGUGAGAGAUCAGUGCUCUAUCGCAUCGGGUGAGCUGAUGGGCAGCGGUAAAAAGCGUGCCAAGAUCCUAGUCGAGACCCUGGAGGAUCGAUACAACGAGGCCCUGGUGACCAAGGAAACCCUGGAGCAAAAGGCCCAGGCCGGGGUUCGAUUGAUGGAAUCGUUCCUAUCCGAACUCGAGAACCGUGCCCAUGCCGUUCGUGAUCGUGGCAUCUACGGGGCUUUGGAUGAUGGAUGGAAGGCUAUGGACUCGAAGUUGGUGCACGCUCGUGAAGUCGUGGACGAGGGGAUUGAGCGUGCUCGUUCUACGUUGCGGGAGAACAUCGACCAGGCAAUCAAACUGGCCCGGGAACAGCGACUGAUUACUUACUCUGAUCUACCCGAUCCCUGGCGCGUCAACCCUCAUAUCUUGAAGGGAUACCGCUUCACUGAAUCCAAGGUCGAGUGCGUUCAUUCGGUCUUUGCCUUCUCGAACGAGAUGGUCAAUAUCUGGUCCCAUGUCAUCGGACUCGUCAUCGUCCUGGCAAUCGCCUUCUACUUCUACCCGCUUCACACCAACUUUCACCUCAGCAGCAAAGCCGAUAUCAUGAUUGCGGCCGUCUUCUUCUUCGCCGCCUGCAAGUGCCUGGUCUGCAGUACCCUCUGGCACACCAUGAACAGCAUUGCCUCCCAGCCCUUGAUGGAACGUUUCGCCUGCGUUGACUACACGGGAAUUUCCCUCCUAGUAGCCGCCUCCAUCGUGACAACCGAAUACACCGCAUUCUACUGCGAACCUGUCUCUCGCUGGACCUACAUACUCCUCACCAUGUCCCUCGGCAUCGGCGGUAUCAUCCUUCCUUGGCACCCAACCUUCAACCGCCACGACAUGGCGUGGGCUCGCGUCGCCUUCUUCGUAACUCUCGCUCUGACCGGCUUCGCCCCUCUCGCCCAGCUCUCCUACACCCGCAGCUUCGAGUGGUGCCUCUAUUUCUAUGCCCCCGUCAUGAAGAGUAUCAUGGUCUACUUCGUCGGAGCCUGUGUUUACGCCUCCAAAGUCCCCGAGCGGUGGGCACCUGGUCUUUUUGAUUACUUCGGCGGCAGCCACAAUAUUUGGCACUUGGCUGUCUUGGGCGGUAUCCUCUUCCACUACUGCGCCAUGCAGGAUCUGUUUGCUGGUGCUUUUGUCCGCGCUCAGGGUGAAUGUCCCAAUUUGACUUCAUGA